AUGGCUCCUGGUAUCAAUAUUGCCACUUGCGCUCCGAGAGUACGAGCGGAGUGCCUAGAUCGGAACGUACGGUCCAGAUCUCACGGCCUGCCUAGCAUCUCCCAGCCGGUUCCCGCCAAAUCCAGCCAAUCGUUAUCCCUGAAGAACGCCGGCGCUCGGGCACAGUCUCCCAUUCCCGCUCUUUCCUCGCGACGCCUCGAUCAGGACCAAUCAGAUGCCCCUACGUUGUCUUCCGUCCGAGCCGCGUCAGCGCUGCAAUCACUCGACGCGCCGCUCGCCGAGACGCCAGAUGCGCUGCCGCCAGAAGUGCCGUACACUGUAGUUAUGAAGUUCGGCGGCUCGUCGGUGGCGAACGCGGCGCGCAUGAGGGAGGUGGCAGAUCUGAUUCUGUCAUUCCCAGAGGAGAAUCCGAUCAUCGUCAUGUCCGCUAUGGGGAAAACGACAAACCACCUGAUCAAGGUGGGCGAGAGGGCGCUGACAUGCGGGUCCGCCAAGUGCGCGGCGAUCGACGAGCUGCGAGUGAUCAGAGAGCUCCACGUGUCCACCAUGGAGGAGCUCGGCGUCGAUUGCGCUGAGGUGCAUGAACUGAUGCACGAGCUGCAGCAGCUAGUAACGGGGAUAGCGCUGAUGCGCGAGCUGACUCCGCGGUCCUCGGAUUACCUCGUGUCGUUCGGCGAGCGCUGCUCCACGCGCAUCUUCGCCGCCUACCUCAACUCCCUGGGAGUGCCGUCCAAGCAGUUCGACGCAUUCCAGAUGGGAGUGAUCACCACGGACGAGUUCACCAACGCGGACGUGCUGGACGAGACCUACCCCGCUGUGGCCGACUCCCUCCUCUCCGCUUACAAUGCUCACCGGGAGGCUGCUGCUGCCAGUGAUGUCGACGGCGGGGAUGGCAGCAGGACGUUUAUCCCGGUCGUUACGGGCUUUCUGGGCAGGGGCAAGAAGAUGGGUGCGACAACGACGCUGGGCCGUGGAGGCAGCGACCUGACGGCGACCAUCAUAGGGCGGGCGCUGGGGCUGCGGGAGGUGCAGGUGUGGAAGGACGUGGACGGGGUGCUCACCUGCGACCCCAACCUGCACCGCUCCGCUGUGCCCGUGCCCUUCCUCACCUUCGAGGAAGCUUCCGAGCUGGCGUAUUUCGGAGCGCAGGUUCUGCACCCGCAGAGCAUGCGACCGGCGCGGGAGGGGAAUAUUCCAGUCAGGGUGAAGAACUCGUAUAAUCGCAGCGCUCCCGGGACGUUGAUUACCCAAGAGAGGGAUUUAUCGUCGGCGCUGCUGACCAGUAUUGUGGUGAAGCGUGGGGUUACCCUGCUGGAUCUGGUCAGCCUGAGGAUGCUCGGGCAGUUUGGGUUCCUCGCGAAAGUUUUCGCGAUUUUCGAGGCGCAGGGGAUUUCGGUGGAUGUAGUGGCGACGAGUGAGGUGAGCCUGUCGCUGACUCUUGACCCUGCGAAGCUGUGGUCGCGGGAGCUGAUUCAGCAGGAGCUGGAAAAGAUGGUGGAGGCGCUCGAGCAGGUGGCGGUGGUGAAGUUAUUGCAGCGCCGGUCGAUUAUUAGUCUGAUUGGGAACGUGGCGCGGUCGUCGGUGAUUCUGGAGAAGGUAUUUGGCGUGUUCAGACGAAACGGGACAAAUGUGCAGAUGAUUUCACAGGGAGCUUCCAAGGUGAACAUUGCGUUGGUAGUGGAUGAUGAUGAAGCCACAGAGCUGGUGCAGCUGCUGCACAAGGAGUUUUUUGGCGUUUAG